CAUAAAUUUCAACUUGGUAUCAGAGCAAGGUUAAGCACUUACUAUUUUUCGCUUCACCGGCGGGCGGCAACCUCGCCUUGGUCGCCCGCCGGACCUCAAUCUAUUUCGCCGGACCUCUACACAUACCGCUGCCACAUUUACCAGUGAGUAGCCCGCAGCUUUCUUUCCCUCUCCUCAUGGACCGCCUCUCUCUCUCUCUCUCUCUAAAACUUGUUCACACCAAGAGGAAAGAAGAACCAGUCGAGGGUUUCUCUCUGCUGAAUCAAGGGCUUGUUCCUCUAAAUUUAGAGGUUGUUAUUGCAUUGUCCGAACACGCCAUGGCAGAGCCGCCAGAUCUCGCCGCUCCGGACGGUCGCCGGAGUGAGUUGACUCGGACCAACUUGGAGUCUUCCUCUGUAACCGUCGAUCAUUCCAAGGAUUUCAUUCACCGGAAUACAAAUGUGGCACCGUGCACGGCAUGGACGGAUGAGAAACACAAUUCAUAUCUUGAUGCUUUGGAAGCAUCAUUCAUUAAGCAGUUACACCAAUCCCUGGGUUUGCCAUUCUGGCGUUCAGAACAGAUCACAAUUGAUUCUAAUCCAUCCCAACAACUGCCUGUCAAUGCUGGUUAUUCUUCUGACCAGUUCACAUUUCUACGUGAUGGCCCUUGGAAGAAGAUCAAAUUUGAGAGGAACCAGCCUUUACUACAUGGCAGACCUAUGCACAUGGGCAUUUUAUCUCUCUCUUAUUGGAAUCUGUCCUAA